GACUGUAUACGUGACUCAAAUAUACAGACGGUAUAAAAAAGAAGUGUCGCGUGGAAACCAGUACGUCAUGUUCUACAGUCUAUAUCAAAAUUUACGAAAUGUCACGAAGCAAUGUUGGUUUGUUGGCUCCGUUGCUUUUUAUUUUGCGCUUAAGCCUUUUUAAUGGGCAGAUGCAAUUCUUGGUACCGAUGGAGGUAAUGAGCCAGCAUGGGGCUUUGAACCAUGACACGUCGAUCCCAGGGGUCAAGAUGAUGGCACCAACACAAACGCCCAAAUAUGCUGUUGUAAAUGUGAACGACAUCAUAAGUCAAGUUGGGUUGGUAACAUAUCCACAAGUCGCAAGACAGUUUUACGUUAUGCUCCGUACUAUGUGUUUGAUGAUAACAGACAGGCAUCCGCUGGUAGAUGUAAUAUGCUGUAUGUUGUUGAUCUUUUUUUUUUUAUUUUUUUAUCUUGUGAUCCGAUCACAGGAGUGUAAUAAACCUGUUAUAUAUAUUUCUUGCUUCAUAUAAUGUCUCAACAAGGAUAGUAGUAUUAGAGUAGUUUAGAGGUAAGAAAGUAAAAAAGCGGAGAAAAAUGUUUUUAUUAAAAUGUAAAAAAAAAAGCGUUUAGCUACAAAAAACC